CAGGUCGCCCGCCGGUCACGCCCCCCACGUGACGCCUGGGCACUAUAAAUAGCCGCAGGCGGCAGCGGCAGCAGCGGCUGGAGCCGGCUCUGCUGUGGAGGGGCGGCGCCCUGCCCAGGGCCCAGCGCCACGGGCACCCCUCAGCCAGGCGCACAUGGAAACGGCGGGAUGCCUGCAGCGCGGAUGCUGUGUGCCGUGGAGCCGCCUGGGAUUCAUGGAGUGCGCCGUGGGGUCCAGCCCUGAGCACCGCUGCCCCCGACGUCCCCGAGCCUGCUGCUGAGCGUCCCCGCACUGCUGGCUGUCACCAUUGCCCUCGACUGCCGAUGGCCUCUGCUGUCCAGCCUGGGGCCAGCUCUACUGCCUGAGCCGCCCGCCCCCCUCCAGGACUCACCGUACCCCGAUGGGGUAACGUGACAGGGGCCCCGCACAUCAGAGGCCACUGUCCCCACGGCCGCUGCCCGUGACCCCUGGCCCAAGGGUGCUGGAGUUGAUUCAGUUCAAGUUCAUUCUUCCUCUGGCCGCUGGGGGCUUGGGGCCCGCCUCUGAGUGAAGAAGGCUGUCUGCCCGUCCACCGAUGUGGAGGGCGCGCGCCCGGCGUGGGGUCCGGCUCUGGGCACCGUGUGGCGGCUGGAUUUACUUCGGGUUUUUACGUUUUCUUUGCUGAGUUCCUUUGGUAGUUCUUUUUAUUUUUUGCCCCUUUAGGACCAUCCAGCUCUGAGAGACGGGAGUUUGGAGUUGCCCACAGUACUUUGGGGGCUGUUUUGUUCUUUGCUUUUUUAAGGGUUGGAUUUUCUUUUUUAAUUAUCCAAACUCUGGGCAGCUUCCUCCCCCACGCCCAAGUUAUUUGCACAAUAUUUGUGCGGGGUGUGGGGGUGGGUUUUUAAAAAGAUCUCUUUCUGUCGGACAAGCACAGGGAUCUCGUUCUCCUCAUUUUUGAGGGGUCGUGGGGACUCUCAGGUCUGUGUCCCCAGCCUUCUCUGCAGCCCCUUUCCGCCCUGUGCGGCCGGCGUCGGGAGGCGCCAUGGCUCGGAUGAACCGCCCGGCCCCCGUGGAGGUGAGCUACAAACACAUGCGCUUCCUCAUCACCCACAACCCCACCAACGCCACCCUCAGCGCCUUCAUUGAGGACCUGAAGAAAUACGGGGCCACCACCGUGGUGCGCGUGUGCGAAGUGACGUACGACAAAGCGCCGCUGGAGAAGGACGGCAUCACAGUUGUGCAGUGGGCCAGGCCCCGGUGGAAACGCCUGUUGAGGGUCCUGCUCUCAGAAACGGGGCCUGCUUGUCCCACAGCCCCGUCUUCAGUCCUUCCUGGCACCUGGGCUGUGUGUGGCACGUGCCAGCCGUCUUCGCAUGCUGCCACAGGGGACAGGAUCCCUUGCACCAGCCGACCCAAAACCUCUCAGGCUGCCACCGGCACACAGGACUGGCCGUUUGACGACGGGGCGCCCCCACCCGGCAAGGUCGUGGAAGAUUGGUUGAGUCUGGUGAAGGCCAAGUUCUGUGAGGCCCCGGGCAGCUGCGUGGCUGUGCACUGCGUGGCGGGCCUGGGCCGGGCUCCAGUCCUUGUGGCGCUGGCCCUUAUCGAGAGCGGGAUGAAGUACGAGGACGCCAUCCAGUUCAUCCGUCAGAAGCGCCGUGGAGCCAUCAACAGCAAGCAGCUGACCUACCUGGAGAAAUACCGACCUAAACAGAGGCUGCGGUUCAAAGACCCACAGACGCACAAGACCCGCUGCUGUGUCAUGUAGCUCAGGACCUCGGCUGGGCCUGGCUUCCGGGCCUGGGGCCCAUGGUGGCCCUGCCGUGCCGUGCCCUGCCCAGCCCAGCCCAGCCCAGCCCAGCAGGGGCUCCGUGCCUUGGCCGGCCCCACCUGCCUUUCCGCCCCCCGAUGCCCCCCAUUCCCCCCAUCCCCUUAUCCCCCCGCACCCCCUCCCCACUCCUGGAUCUUUGUCCUGUCCCUGCAGUUUCCAUUGGUGGCGCUGCCCCUGGCUCUGUCUCUCCGCGGUGGGUGGGGUGCCCUCUUCCCCAGCCCCCCGGCCCGCCCCCUCCCACGCCAGCCGGGGCUGGGCUCCUCCGGCCUGUUUGUUGCAGGGCGGGGGUGUAUUUUGUGACCACUGGGCCCAGCCCCUCCUCUGCAGCCCCUUGCCCUGACCUGUUCUCGGCACCUUAAGUUAUUAGACCCCGGGACAGUCAGGUGCUCCGGAUGCUCGAAGGCAAUAAAACAGGAGCCGUGCCGUG